AUGGCUCAAGGCCUGAGUUCUGUUGGUGCGACCGCUUUAGUUUCCGCCAUCAACAGCGGCCUGAUGCGUGUUGGCGACCGCUGUUUCGACCUGCCGAAGGGUCUUACUACCGAGGUGCAGGUGUUCGCACUGUUUACUUCCUUCUUGUUUUCCACUUCGCUGAUCGCUCAAUCCAAGAGCAUCGCGGUGCUCCUGUUGCUUGCCCUGCUUGACGCGGGAAAGGCAUUGGCCAUGGCAUGCAUCUCGUUCGCGGAGCUUGUGGCUCUCUACGAAGCUGCGGAGAAUUCGGAGGAACCACACGACGGCCAAGAUGAUGCAUUGAGAGCUGGGCAAAGCAACUGCUGCGGAACUAUCAAUCGCAAGGCUUUCGUUCGCAAGAAGCUUGACAGAGUCCGAGCUGUCCUUCACAAACUUCGUGCGUUCAUAUCUUCUGCUGAGGAGAUGACAGCACAGCAGCUUAGAGAGAUGCACAUCAGCAGUUCAGACGCCCAGCAGUAUGGACAUUUUGCUCGAAGUUUGUCCCUCCUGGUCACUGUGGAACUCUUCGAAACGGCUGUGCCUGUGAUUUACCCCAUGAUGUCUAUGCAAGACUUCAUCUACUGCUCGAGCCUUCUAGUUGGAGCAUUCCAACUCUGGUUCGUGGUGCUUGUGGAGCACGGCGACCUCUCCGUUGCCGAGCUUCUUGCCGUGCUACAGCGCAGCACCUUCUAUCCGACUCUCAAUGAGGUCGUCGAUGCCGUGGUCGAAGUUAUCCCCGGUGCCAGCGCGCUGACCAACAUGGAGGGGAAGAUGCUUUUGGAUCGCAUCUCCGUGUCUUUGCCAUACUUUCGCAUCCUGGCGCCGCUCUUGCAGGAGAGGGCAGAGUAUUCUCGCCGGGCGCGCGCACACCAGAUCGCUGAGGAGCUGGAUCUGGAUGAGGCCAAGCGGCUGCUGUGGCAGGACGCCUUGGUCGAGCUCCGGGAUGCUUUUGAGAAGCGCAGAAUCGACGAGCAUUUCAUCGAGAUCGCCAACCUCCCUUUGGUGUUGCUGGACACCGAGAUGCUGCCCAAGAAAGGACCUAGCCAAUCACUCCUGCACUUCUUGGCACAGGAAGAGCUCUCAAAGGUAGAGUCCAACGAUCAGCAGCGAUCCAAGGACCGCUUGAGCCUUCGGCAAUGCGCUCGGGUGCUGACGAAGAUCCGUGAGAAGGAGUGCGAGAGGGUGGCCGCGAUAUUCCAAGCGAGCGACGUGCGCAGCAGCAAUGGCCUGAGCAUCAAGGAAGCCAGGAAGUGCUUGACCGCCUGUGGCAUUGUGCCCCAAAACGACAAGGAGGAGACUGACUUCGAAGAGCUGCUGGACGAGUUCGACAUCGAUGAGUCCGGGGAACUCGAGUUAGAGGAGUUCUUGGCCUUGGUGAAGUUCAUGACCUCGCGCUUGCGGCAUCGGCGGCGACGUGAGCAGGCCGACAUUGCGCUGAAGUAUGGCUGGCAGGCCGAGGAGUUCGAGCGCAUCCGCGAAAGUUUCAUGGCCGCCAAUCAGCAGAUGGAUGGACGCCUUCGAGAGGGCGAGGUGUCCGAUGUCUUGACCGAGCUGCGCCCCGACUGGCCGCGGGAAGACACCAAACGCAUUCUCAGGGAGCUUGGCAUCUUCAGCUGGCACGUCCCGCUCGCGAUCGAUCUCUACGACUUCCUUCACGUCCUGGAGUUUGUGGACACGCGAAUGCGACACUGGCGAGUUGGCUCCUUGCUGGGCCUGGACAAGGAGGCCGUGGACAACUUCUGUACCGUUUGGUGGUCCAUGAAGCCCACGCGGGACGACACUGUGGCGAUCGAUGACCUUGUCGAUGUCAUCAAGCAGCUGCCCGGGUUCGCGAAGAAGCUCGCCAAGUUGCAGGAAGUCAUCAAUGAG